AGUCGUGUUGUGUAUAUAAUGUAUAUAGAGAUGGUCCCCACUUCCAUUUCCAUUUCCAUUGAAAUUUCCAAUCCAUUCUAUAAGUAUAACUUUCCAUUCGUUACACCCGGAACAACCUCGGAUGGGUCCGCCACAUUAUUAUAUAAUUUACAAAUAAUCUUCGUAUUUGUAAGCAAUCUUAAACCGAAAUAAUAAAAACAAAUCAAAUUGCUACGCUAAUGCUUGCCCAAUUAAUUGACUUAACAAAAUGUUUGCACCAUUUUCGCUAAUUUCAUAACGUUUAACGUUGUUGUUGCACACGUCACGGGAAUCCACAGCUACAUAAUCUAUCUCCAUGUCUAUGGGUAAACAACCCCCCAGAAUAUUCGUUGCUGGUACCGAACGUAACCCGGAUGAGUCAAGUUCAAUGACGAAGGUGCCGGCCAGAAAAAAGAAUAAUUUAAUUGCGAAAAUUGGCAUCUGUCAGCGGGGCGUGAAAUUGUCGGCUCUCCCAUAAAAUUUUUAUAAAUUGAACUGGUCCGAUUUCAGAAUAGUCAGUUUGGAAACGAUUCUCUAUCAAAAUGUCACACUACACGAGCUAUUUUUCUCUGCUGCUCAUCGCAGUCCUGCUGGCACUUGGAUCUGCCCAAUACUACACACAAUAUAACCCCUACUACACGCCGAGUCCCACGUUCUCCAGCCUGAACAACUAUUACUAUCAGACGACGCCGUAUCCUUACUACUACAGCACGUAUACGACACCGAGUUCCUAUACCAGUACGCAGAUUAGGAUCUGGCCCUAUGUCAUCGGCCAAUAUCUGUUUCCCACGUACUACAACACCAACUACUAUAAUCCAUAUGCCACGUUGAGCAAUUCCAAUUGGCUAAGUUACUAUGCGAAUGUUUAUGGAACGAGUGUGGGCAAGAAGUAGUCCUUAACUAUGGCUAAGUGUUUUUCGUUUGUUAGAUGUUCAGACAAUGCAAAUAAAAUAUUUAUUUUGUUUUAAAGUAGGCGCUUUCAAAAAAACGUACGCUCAUGGGCAAAACAAACCAUUAGUUAGUUGUAAUUAUUGCAUUAAAAACAAAAUGGUCUGGUUCUAAAUUACAUUCAUUAGCACUAGUUGUGGAAAAAUUUAACUAUACUCUACAAACAAUUGCAAGGCUAUGUAGAAAACAGCUUGAAAAUUUUCCGAUCUUAGUCAGAUGUUAUUAUAUUUUUCGAUCCAUAAAAAUGUCUCGUAACUUACAAGGCAAUUGGUCUAUUAAGAUGGCCCAAUGGUGAGAAGUCUCUCUCUCAGAAUGGAAAAUCAAAGAUAAGCCCUAUAAAAGGGAAAUCUGAAACGUAAUUGGGCCGCUUAAGAUAGCUAAUUGCUUUGGGAGAAUGAAAGGCCUGAAUGUCUGGGAAAUAUGAGUCCCUUGUUAAAAUGCAAACCAGAAAAAUAUUGAUAAGCCAGAAUGUGGAGCGGUCCAAAACGCGAAAGGUGUGACAACCGUUAGGAUCACCAUGCUGAAUGGAACUUUUUGGUAUAGUAUUUCGGGGAGGUCUUUAUAUGAAGGGGGUCUCGUUGCCACUGUCAUAGAGCAACCCGACGAGCCGGUAAACCCGAACCCGGAGCUCAACCUCCGACUGAACCUGAACCUGAACUCAUGUACCUAACGGUUUUCGCAGACAAUCGCUAGUUCCAGUUGCCUACCAUUAUGUAAUGAUUUGGACAAACCCCUGGUUUAUACUGCACCACCACCCAGAGCAAUGAACCUGCAUUGUUUAUGUAAGCGAUAUGUGGCAACUUCACUUGAUGUAAUGCUAAUAAAGGGUAAGAUCGUUAAAUGACAGCCUGUUUAUAAGAUCUGGACUUUAUGCAUUUCUGGAGAAUGUUCUGGUUAACUGUAACUUCCUCACAGAACUGUGACACUUAUGGGCCACAAAUCAAAACAUUUCGAUGCGGUUUGAAAGGGUUCUUCAAAUAGAACUUAAGCCCAAAGUAUCCGCAUUAUCAUGCAAAUCGCUUGAGACAGAUGAUCUUCAGAGAAUGUGAAUGGGUUAGGUGCGUAAAAGAAAGAGAGCCACCGGGUCGAACAGAAAGAGAGGGAGAAACUGCGUAGUGGGGAAAUGGGUCAAUACAAUCGAAACACGAAACGCGGCCCAAAGCGGCGGAUGGCUUGUAAAAGGUAGCCGGCAAAAAUGUUUGGCAUCAGCUUACCACCAUGCAGACGAAACACGAAACGAGAAAGCCGCAAAACCCAUUAAUCUCCCAAAGCCUCGAAGUGCUCUUU